AUGCCCCAAACACAACAACGACGCACGAUGCAACUCGCACAUGAGACACACCUGGGAAUGGUCAAGACCAAGGCGCUACUCCGAGGCAAGGUAUGGUGGCCAACUAUCAACAAGGACAUGGAGAAGGCAAUCAGACAAUGCAUCCCAGGUGCAAGCCUCGACACAAGAAAACAAGCCAAUCCGGUGAAUAUGUCUGAGAUGAAGGGGCCGUGGGAGGUAAUCCACGUGGACAUAUGUGGACCAUUCCCUAGUGGUGACUAUGUGCUGGGAAUCAUCGAUGCAGGAUCCCGGUGGCCAGAAGCCUUUGUGAUCAAAACUAUCAACACCGACACCGUUAUGACCCUGAUCGAAGGAUGCAUCACUACACACAGCAUCCCAACGGUCAUCGUGUCAGAUAACGGACCACAGUUCAGAGCCAAGGAGUUUGCACAGUUCUGUGAAGAAUGGGGAAUAAAACACCACAAAGUGACACCAUAUCAUCCCCAAGCAAAUGGGAAAAUCGAGCGGUUCUUUGCGACCAUGUUGAAAGCUUUCCGAGCGAUGCAUACUGAGGGGAAAGAUUGGAGACGGCAACUCGGUAAAUUCUUGAUGCACUACAAGGACACCCCACACUCGAUGACGGGAGAGACGCCAGCCAAACUCCUCAUGGGAAGGAACAUCAAGGUGAAACUCCCCCAAGUGAGUCAUGACUUGGAAGACACACAAGUGACAUGUUGGGAUGUGGCACGCAAGAGAGAUAAAAGAGAAAAGGAGAAACUGAAACUCCGGACAGACAACCGGAAUAAGUCCAAACUAGCGGAAUUGAGACCAACUGAUCAAGUGCUCCUGAAGCAAACCAAGAAAGACAAGCUCUCAACUAAUUAUGAUCGUAAACCAUGGACGGUAAGUGAAAGGCGAGGCGAUUCAGCUAUUCUACAGCGAGGACCCAAGAAGAUAUUACGCAGCACAUCCCAGAUGAGAAGAGUUCCAGGGAGAUGCCAGGGAGGAAAUGACGGCAGAGGAGACAGUGACACAGACGGAAGCCACAAAACGGCCGAGAGAACCGACAACACUCAUCGAAACCGGGAAAACAACCAAGCCGCCAACACGCCGAAGACAGGGAUGGACGAGUCCAGGCAGGACGGGAACAGCGAGGAGGAACCACUCGCUGCUAGGCGACCACGUCGUACUAUAGUAAAACCGAAGAAAUACCAGGAUGGAGCUGAAGACUUCGGAACGGAUGGAAGUGAAAGUUCUGGAACGGAUGAAGUUGAUGACUCCGAAAUGGAUGGAGAGACAAGCGAUGAAUAUAAACCCGGCCGUUCAUGGAACUAA